AUGGAUAUUCUCGUUGUUGUGUUGAAGCCACGAUCGGAAUAUGACUCGAUCGUAUUCCAUGAUUCGACUUUGUCGACAAGCUUCAUCGAUCAGCGGUGGAAAAUUGUUGGAUCAGGAUCGAUUCAUGAAUCGAGCUUGUUGGAGUUGAUGGGGACUUGUGCUGUGCUAGAUCUUCGACGAGAGGCAUCAGCGGCGGCCAUCACUGGGUUGCAGCGGAACAUUUUCUCGCAAGAAUUCCUACGCGAAUGCCUUGUUCCCGGCCUAUUUCGGAUUGCGAGUCCCGAUUAUCACGAGGACUCGAAAGAAUUGAGUGCUGAUGCUCAGGUGCGUUGA